CAUUUUUCAAGGAAUUCUGCGUCCAUAGAAACGUCGCUUUACCACACCCAAUUCAUUGUUUCGCUGUUCCACAAAAUUGAAUAAUCUUUGAUUCUCUGUUGGCCAUGGCGAAUCAGUGGAACCACACUGCUCUUCUCGUCAUUGACAUGCAGAGAGAUUUCUUUGACGAACGGUCUGUCAUAGCUAUACCAGGAGCCUAUGCUAUAGUUCCGAGCGUGGUAGAUGCAGUCGAAAUUGCUAGGAAGCGGAGAAUGCUCAUUGUUUGGGUUGUACGGGAGCACGACCCUGAAGGACGAGAUGUCGAACGCUUUCGUCGCCAUUUCUAUGGCAGUGGGAAGCAGAAUCCGGUUGCGAAGGGAAGCAGAGGGGCAGAGUUAGUAGAUGGCCUUGAAAUCAAAGAAGGAGAAUACAAGUUGGUUAAAACCAGGUUCAGUGCCUUCUUUAACACAAACUUGCAUUCACUUCUGCAGAGGGAGGGUAUUAACAAUCUGGUUGUCGCGGGUGUUCAAACCCCGAACUGUAUUAGGCAGACUGUUUUUGAUGCUGUAGCGUUGGAUUACCAUUCUAUCACCCUUCUUCAUGAUGCAACAGCAGCCGCUACGCCUAAAACUCAUCAUGACAAUAUUGCUGACAUGGAAAAUGUGGGAGUUGUGGCCAAACGAGUCGACCAAUGGGGCGAGUCUGAUGAUUGAACCAUCUAACAUUGGAAAUGAAGUUACCAUUCCUAUGUAGAUCUUGGUGUUGCUGGUAAUUGAUAUUUUGUUGUGCUGAUGUGUAGUUGAGUUGGAGUUUUUUCUUUUUUAGUAUUACAGUAUCGAGAUUUCAUUGCCAAGAUUUUGGCUACCUGUCCGUGUGGGAAUCUCAAGUCCUCUUUGAGCCGGAAAUCUUUCCUAGCCUCAUCUUGUUAUCCCUUACUCGUUUUUGGGUUGGGUUUCUGGGCACCUUUUCUCUCUCCUUACCCGUGCUGUUCAUUUCGAAUUUUGUUUUGCUUUGCUGAAAAGAGAUACCUCCCUUUGUGUUGAUCUGAUGACCUUCACUCUUUUUGUACCAAGCCAAAUUCUUCUUGAAUAAUGACUAUCUUCUUUUCAGGAACUUCAUAGUACACUGCAAUAAAUCACUGUUGGAUCUCAACCCGCUCAAUAUUACACGUCCAUCUUUUCUUAUUAGUAUUUUGAUAUCUCGAUACGUUGAUAUCGAAAUUAUCUUAACAACCCCAUCUUCUAUUGCUCUUUUUCCUAGGAAAUUUGGUUUUCUUUCUCUGCAAUCUGCAUGAUGAAAGACAGCCACAUCCUUUCAUUGUAUACAAGGGUCUUCUACUGUUGCUUAGAAACGAAAAAGAAGCCUUACACAAAUCAGACUCUCCAAAACAGAGAGCCAAUGGUGGUUGGAAGAAGUUGUGAUCAUGGUAAAUUAUUAAGUGAAAUUUCAUAUUUAUUCUUAGCCAUCAUGUGUGUUACUUUCCCCCUACAAAAUUUUCAAGAAAGUGUGAGAUGAUAAUGAAUUAUUGAUAACUUAGUGAAGUUACAUUGAUUUAAUGUUUUUAUUU